AUGCCCACUGAGCCAACAUGCAGAGAGACACUGGGGGGCUCAGACAACCUCAGCCCUACUGUUUCGGAGGAAGACUUCCCUUCCUAUAUGGGCCAUACCUUCUCUGCAUUGUGCAAGUUCUGGCGCAUCAUCCAUGGCGUCACCUUGGCAUACUACAAAAAUCGUCAAUAUCCUCUCCCUGGUCAUGUCUCACUCGAUUUUGCCGAGUUCAAGUAUCGUGAGCUUCUUACCUGGGCAGAGGGCUUACACCCUGACCAGAUGCUGAGGGACGGCUGCCCCCAUCAUGUCAUCAUCUUGCAACAUGAACGCCUCCGGCUCAAGACUUUCAAUGCUCGCUAUGCCUCUCCAGACGCCGCCUUUAAUGCUUCCGUCGGUCAGCUUAAACAGCUCAUCGUUCGGUAUCGUUGCAGCUACGCAUCUUCGGCAUAUACUCUUCUGUGGCAAAGUGCUUUGAUCUACGUAGCCAACGCGGUGCUGCACGACACCCAGAACCCCGAGUGGCGCUUCUACUUUCUCGCCUGUAUCUAUGGCUACGAAAGCCUCCGAAAACCUUACCGGAUUGCCGAGGUCAUCACACGUGGCCUGCUUACGAUGACUUUAAGAGAUGGAGACAUAACAGGCACCGAGGCGCGACACCUACUCAAACACAUCAGAGAGGCAGAAACAAACCAUGAGGAGGAUGAUGUACGGGCUACUUUUAUGGUUGAUCUCGAUCUUGCAAUGACGGACCCGGACGCGGCUAGGGUUGAGAACCUAGCAAAGAGGUUCGAGGACAUUGCGCUGUUUCGAGAGUUCACCACGGUAGAUGACGAUGAUGUUAGGAAUUUCCAGCAGAUAGAUCCUACCGAUGCUGGCCGUGGGAGUAGGAGUGGGAGUGGAUGA